CUAUGGACCAAAUCCAAUUUGCAAAGGCUGUUUAUCUUGUUCAAAGGAUAAUGGGUGCAUCAGAUGCCAACACAAGUUAUUCUUCUUCCUACGAAGAGAAGGAAUGAGACAAUAUGGUGAAUGCUUGCAUUCCUGCCCAUCGGGGUACUAUGGACUCCGAACGCCAGAUAUGAACAGAUGUUCAAGAUGCAGAAUAGAAAACUGCGACUCCUGCUUUAGCAGAGACUUUUGUACCAAAUGCAAAACGGGCUUUUACUCGCACAGAGGCCGCUGCUUCCGAGGAUGCCCCCCUGGAUUUGCCGCCUUGGAAGAGCUUAUGGAAUGUGUGGAAGGCUGUGAAGUGGGUCAGUGGAGUGAGUGGGGAACUUGCAGCAGAAAUAACAAAACCUGUGGAUUUAAGUGGGGCCUGGAAACGAGGACAAGACAAAUUGUGAAGAAGCCAGCAAAAGACACAAUACCAUGCCCAACCAUUGCAGAAUCCAGACGCUGUAAAAUGGCCAUGAGGCAUUGUCCAGGAGGGAGAAGGCCAACAAAAACAAAGGACAAGAAAAAGAACAAGAAGAAUUUGAUGGAAAGGGCUCAGAAGCAGCACAGCAUCUUUUUAGCGACAGAUAAAACAAGCCAGUAAAGACUUGAUUUUCUUUAAUAUAUUUUUUGCGAAGUGCACAAAAGCUGCUAUAUGCUCCUGCCCAUGGAUGCACUACAAUUCAGCUGCUUUGACAGUAUUGGUGGCAAAUAACUUGUGAAAAAAAAGCCCACAAGCUUGUUUGUUUUAUUUAUAUAUUUUUUUAUUUUAUUUUUUUCCUCUCAUUUUUGACCUGAAGACUUCAAGGUCAGGAGUGCACUGAGUUGAAUCAGUGAAAGUGGUGCUGAAGUAUGUCAAAGAUUUGUCCUGAGUGCCUGGUCAACAUGUUGACACGGAAGGGAAGCAGGAAAGAAACCUAUGUAUCACCAUUAGGCGGACUUGUGCAUAUUUAAAUAAAAAAAAAAAGGAAGUCUUGGAGGUGUAGGUACUAUUGCAUUUAUGGCCUUUGUUUCCUAUAUUUGUACAUUUCAAGAGUAAAUGGAUAUGACUUACCUACAUAGCGUUAAUGUACAUUGUUCUCAGCACCUGCUACAUUGAAACAGUUGUGUAAUAAAACUGCUUUAAGAUAAUAUACCACAGGAAUUACUGCUUAGACUUACAGAAGCACAACAGACCCUAUGUGUACAUAUUAAUCUGUCUACAUAUAAAUGAACAUAUUUACUGUACAUCUAUGCAUUUUUAUGUAUAAUACUUUAUACAUGUUUAAAGUUAUGUCCUGUUGGUUCUAGUAAUAUACUUUAAAAUAACCCAGUAAAUGUUUACUUUUUACUAUG